ACCACACCAGCAGCAGAGGCUUUAUUGGUCGCUGCUGUUACCACAUUUACUUUUUGGAGAGGGAACCUACUAAAAAACUGCUAAUGUGACGUGUCAGAGGCACUCGUCGUCUAUUCAUACAUGCAUAAGACUGGACUUAUCAUUUAUUUAAGAUUUAUUAUUUCAUAUGUGUUAAGAAUUUUGAUUUUUUUUGUUCCUCUUACCUCUGUCUUUCAAAUUCUCAUUGACUUGAAACAAAGACGACAAAUGAACAGGGUACGUUGAUUUAAACAGAAAAAACAGAAAAGAAAGGUGGGAAAACAACUUUUAAACGGUGCAUUUCCCGAAGUAGUCAGUAGUUUUUCUCAAACCGGGACGCAUUCUUUGCGGGUAGUGCUGACAUCAGGGGUUAGAGCACUGGACUCACAGCCCAGGAUAAACCCUGCAUGCUGCAGCAUUUCACCCGCCCGUGAAGCCUUGACAGCACCGCUGCAGCAGCUGGAUGAAGCCACGGGAACCUGCCAAUCACAUGACGCACGCGAGCGCUCACCAAAGCGUUUUGCCUCCAUCGUUUCCAAAACAAACCGUGACCUCAGCAAACGUGGAGGAUGAACCUUAUUCUUGUGGCAGUAAAGUCAACUAUUGGCGAGGACGGAAGUCGAGUCACAUGCGCACUGGGAUCCCGGAGAGGUGCGUAAUGGAGAUCGUGGGAAACGAGUAUAAUUCCUGAACCGCGCGCGGAAUCUCGAGAGCGCCGACCCAGUUGCGUGCAGUUGGAUUGCCACUCGAGUUUUUUGUACACGAGCCGCAAUGACUUCGCGCCUGGCCAUGUCCGUUUCCAGCUUUAGCACUCGGCGACUAUGAAUGAAGAAUGACCAAUGCCUCUUCUCUGCAUCAGUCUCCUUGCCUCUCUGCUUCUACCUCUGUCGCUGUCCUGUGAAACCAAAAGGUCCCAGAGAGAAGUCGGAGACCAUUUCCAGACGAUUGUUCAAACGCACCUGGACAACACAAGGGAAAACAUCUCUAUAUCAGUGGGAAACAACUGCACGGCGAAGAAAUACCCGCUGCCAAACUGCAGAUCUGACAGACCAGAUUUCUCCAGCACCCUGCUGAAACUGGCCUGCAAAAUGCACAAUUUACAAAUACCGCACACAGAAGCAUUGGUGGAGACCAUCCAGCUUUCAAUAGGUUGCCCUUGUCCCAGCAAAGCGACUAAAGACUCCCCCUUGAGCCCGAGGAAAAGGAAGAGAGCGACAAGACAAAUGAGAAAACUGUGCAGAGCUCAGGCAAUCUUGUCUUCCAUGACCGGUUGCUAUCAGAUGUUGAAUGUUCAGCUGAAUACAAGCAACGCAUGAAGAAGAAAAAACAGUCCUGUGUGGGAUUAUGCAAGAAGAAGCUUUCACUUCAUUUAAGCUUUCCUGUCAGUAUGUCUGUCUUGCAGCUGUUUGGGGUAUUGUGUGACUACUGGCUCUUAAGACUAGUCCCUAAACGAUACAAAGACAAGCUAUGAAGUCUAAAGAAAUGUCAAAGUGUCCGAUGUACUGGACUUUGGAACUCUGUGUUGCACAAACGCGCCUUUUGGACUCCUCGUAUUGUCCAAAAUACACUCUCUACGAAGCAUCUUAACUGGGUUAAGACACCUAUAUUUGAAUUUUUGAAUAUCAAUGUGAAACUAAAAGCACAAUUUCUAAAUUAGACGGUGAAGGAUAUGCUAUCACAUUUAGCCGCACUGAGGAUGGCGGCUAAGGCAAAGGUGCUAAAAAUUCAGUUUUGCUUUCAUUUCGUGUCGGAUUUGGCUUGACAAGCCCCCGGCUUGUUUUUGCUAUCUCGGCUCAUCUAAAGUCAGUUAUUCGGGGCUGCGAGUCUGGUCAUGGGUGCUCUCUGUCGGUGACACGUUUUUACCAGUGAUUGAUACAUUAAAAGCCCGUCCCGCCGUAGCUGGCUGGGGUUCAGUUCACAGGCCGUACUCUGGGAAAAGAAUAACAGAUCGUGUUCCCCAACACUUUGAGUCAGUGCUGUGAUUAAUGAUGCUUUAUGUAACCUUUGUCAAACCAAACAGCCAGAAUGUACUACUGCAUGGAAGUAAGAACUUACAAACUGCCACAUGUCAUUGUUUGUGCUUGGAAAAUGCUCAAUCUGUGCUCCUCGUACCGGCCUCUACUUUUACUGCUGCACUCAUUCUCUCUUCCUGCUAGGUAACAUCUAGCCGAUUCAUGUCUGUAAAAUGUAUAUUUUAUCCAAGAAGAUACAGCAAGUGGAUUUGUAUUUGACAUGGGUAGCUGUAGCUAUAUUUAUAUUAAAAGAAUUUAAAGAUUUUGUGUUACUUUGUACUCAUUGUGACCUGCAAUUGAAAAGAAA